AUGAAGUCCUUCGCAGCAAUUUCCACCCUCCUCCUCACUGCCAUCUCGGCCGCUCCCGUUGAGCAGCGCCAGGCAACUGAAUUCGACGUCACCGGCUUCAGCGCGAACACCACCCCGCACGGCACCGCCGCAUACAUCUCCUACACCCUCGACAUCCCGGGUAUCCUGAACACACAAUGCUCCUACCACGACACCACCUCCGUGACCAACCUCCCCGACGUCCCCUUCCAGCCCUGCGACGACCCGUCCGUAGAAUGGCAGUUUCACCACGAGCCCUCGCAGCCGGGCGGCAAUGGUCCCUACCUGAUUGUCAUCACCUACGCUGAUGGGACGGGACGCAAGGUAGCUGGGUGGAAGGAGUUCCCGGCUAGCGAGUUCCCUGUUGAGCAGUAUGGGGCUUCAUUUGCGCAGUUUUAUCGCGGAGAGCCGGAUUUUGUUAUCAGUAACCUGUCUUAG